AUGCCUCAGGCAAGAAGAGCUAUCCUUAGAUGCCAGCUCUCAUCAACGACCGUCAAUUCACGAAACGCAUUGCAGACUCCAAUUGUUGAAUCCAACGACCUCAAACCCCUCAAUCUACCAACCUCCCAGAAGAACCACCACCCAACCAUCCAAACCACUCCAUCCUCACCCAAAAUGAUCUCCGACGCCUCCCUCUACUCCCUCGCCGUCUUCCUCGGCGCAGCAGCAAUGCUCAUGAUCGUCCUCUACCACUUCCUCGAAGUCAACUCGGACGAACACCAAGCGAACACGCCCACGAAGCCGGGCCCCUUGAAGGACAACACGCCUGCUGGGCAGAUUGGCUCGAAGAGUUAG